UCAAAUAGUAAUAGAAUGGCUUCCCUGAAGUUCACGGCAAUGUCGCUCCGGCGGCCAGAUUUCUCCUCCGGGACCGGAAACUACAGGAACGCCGACGCCGUCAAGCUGCACCUCAGAAAGAAACGCAUCUCUGUCUCGGUGGCUGCGAAUUCGCCGGAGGAGCCGUCGCCAGCUCCACCACCGGAAAAGCCAGAAAUCGAGCUGGAGUUCAUCGGGCCGAAGCCUGGGAACGACGGGUCGUACCCGGUGGAGAGAGCCAAAGAGAUUAGUGGUGAGAAGCUUCUGAGGAACAUCAUGUUGGAUAACAAGAUUGAGCUCUACGCCACGUAUGGAAAAGUGAUGAAUUGUGGCGGUGGUGGAAGCUGUGGAACUUGUAUUGUGGAGAUUAUUGAUGGAAAGGAUCUUUUAAAUGAAAGAACAAAUACAGAGCUCCGGUAUCUGAAGAAGAAUCCCGAAUCUUGGAGGCUUGCUUGUCAAACUAUUGUGGGAAAUAAGGAAAAUUCUGGCAAGGUAGUGGUUCAGAGGAUUCCGCAGUGGAAGAAGUAAUUAAGAGUUGACCCUAUUCAUUACACUAAAAACAUGUUUACAUUCAAAACAGAUGGUAAGAAUUUUAAAAUUCUUAGCUUGGCAUGCAGAAAUAGAUAAUGUAUAUUGUUCAAAUGUUACUAGUAAUCUCUGCAUAUUGGUUUA